AUGCCCUCGGCGGGGGACAAGUCUUUGCACGGGCUCGAAAAUGUGUUGGGGAACUUUGAGGCAUUUUUGGCGGCUAGUUCUGGCAUCGAGGGUGCGGAAAUGCAAGACGAUCAUCCAGACGAAGACCACGCCGAGAGUAGUGACGAAGACAUUGACAUGGAUGCUGAUGGAAUAAUAUACGCGCUGAUGGAGGCUAUCGGUGCCAGCGACAUAGCAGGUUUGGACGGGGCAAUUGGCUUGCAUAAGAACGAGCUCCCUAGAAAUGGCGGUCAAGUGGAUGCUGCCGCAACACGCACAACGGAUAACACUGCAGCAAGCUUGCCUACCGACAUAUGCAGUAUGCCCAUGUCUGCAAACAAUGACAAUGGAAGCACUGACAAAGACGCGCCGGACGAUAUUAUGGCCAUAAUCAUGGACUCUAUGGACCAAGAGCUUGCGGCCACACACAUUGGCAAGUCUUUCGUUCAUUGCAAUCCUGCAGAUGGUUCCGAGGAUACUGACAGCGCAGACGGCCAUGACGAUGACAUGCUGGAUGUCGAUGUCGAUCUGAACCUGGUGGACAACAUCGUGCAGUCGUUCCGGGCCCAAGAGGGGCUGCCUGGCCCUGCUGGCACUAUGCUCGGCCAUUUUGGCGUGCACUUGCCUCACAUAGACAGCGACAGCGAUAGUGAGGAUGGCAUUUGA